GUUUGUAAUGUUAUUGUGGAUUUUUCCUAAAUUUGACCAAAAAAUACUAACGAUAGCCGAUAGGUAUCGUGUAAGCAGCAUUUUACAGCACUGAAUUAUCGAAUCGAUACAUGGCCGUUAUGCACAUGCGCCUGUUUCUAUAUUUCUAAUACACCCUGCUCUGCCAUUUCAUUUAUAAUACCUUUAUAAUAAUAUUUCAAGCAUCGCACCUACUCAUUAUAGCUCUAACUAUGGCCACACAAGGAGCUGGUACUUCGGAUUUGGACACAGAAUCCGUGGAAGUUUUACGUGAACGCCUAAGCACCAUGAAGCGCCUAAUGGCCGAGCGUACAGCUCAGCAGCAGAACAAUCCAGCAUCAACUGAAGAAAUCUUUUCAACCAAACGCCAUCGCUCCGCUGGAAUUAUCGAUGGCAAUUUCCUGAGCAUCGCCUUUGGCGGCGCCCUCCUUGUGAUUGUCACGGUUUCAGUCUAUGCAUUCUACAAUCUAUAUCAUGCCAUACUCAAGAAGUUUCCCUCUCAUCAUGAGGAGUUGUAAGCAAGGCUGCAUAUGCAAUUUUUAUACAUAGUAGUAUGAAAUUUUGUGCAUUUAAAUAAAUACGUUGCUGCGGUUUUCAAUUAAGACAGUAAAUGAAUUUUUUUCGUUUGCUGUUUUGCAUUCGAUUAAAUUAACUAUUUAUUGAAUUUGUUGCCUUCUUAAUUACAGUAAUCAAUAUUUCUCAUAUGGUCUUCAUUUAGAUAA